AUGUCCAGUUCAACCAUGACGACGACCGCCGAGCGACAACGGAACCGCGCCGGGCGCCGCGCGAGCCGUGGCGUCUUGAAGCUCACGGUCGCGCUGGUCGCGACCGCGCUCCUGACCGCUCCUCUACCAUACGCCGAGGCCUUCCCUACUUUGCGUGGAGUACCCGCUCGCCGCGGUAGCAUCCUCGCUCGACCUGCCACGAGAUCCGUACCCGGAACACCCUCCAGGUCUCUGGGGCCUCAUUUUCACCAAGAUGAGGAAGACCGCGACAUCCAAUCGAGGAUCGAUACCAUGGCCGCCGCGGCGAUGGCGUCCCACAUCGCGAAAAAGAAAGCGAGGGCGACCGAAUCGGCGGAGAAGAUUCGUAUGAGGGCUUUGGACGAAGUGGUCGAACUUGAUGCGACUUUGUCGGGUAAUUUUAGUAAUGAUACGAUCAUUGAUGGGUCCGAGAUGGAUGCGACGACCAAGAUCUCGAGGACGCCGACGUGCUUGGGGUCUUGGGUGACUGACGUCGAUAUCGUGAGCGGGCGGCACACGUCUUGAAUUUUCUGCAAGUAAUCUGACGGUUUGGCUGAUACUGAAUUUCUGGGCUUUGUAUCAGAACAAGCUCUUCUACUACGGUGGAGCCAACACCACGGUGACGUUGUGCCCGAGAGCGACCAUCAACCUGACCAACACGAUCUUCUUCACUGCGGCUGGACAAGUGCUGACAACAGCAGGUGGGUCCGAUCCGAUUGCUCCAAUAUGAAUUUUUGCUUAGCGUAGAGCACUGACAGCAGAUGGCGUAACAGGCAACCCUACCGACGAUGCUCGAGCAAAAUUGGUCGUCACCGGCGCACACCAAUCGUGCGCCAUCUACGGCGCGUGCGAUCAAUGUUCCAACAUCGUUGUCUCCAAUAUCCAAGUGCUCGGACAGCGCGAUGUUUUGGGAUACCUCUCGAACGGUCUCGCCUUGUUGGAGCUCGGUGGAAUGACCAAUGGCCAGGUGAGCUUGCUCGGCGGAGUCACUAGCUCGGUAUCAUUGGAUUCUAACCCCUCUCCCUUCCUUCAGAUCGUACGAAACGUCAAGGCGUCGGAGCCUCGCGGGUGGUCCGUUGUGCACGCUAUCGAAGGUGCCAAUCUCGUCUGCAGCAACAUGCUCAUCGAGAACAACCAAAUCGGCCCCUCCGGGAACGCCCCCAACACCGGUCUUCAAUUCCGCCGCCGAGCCGUGAACGCGACGAUCGCGCCGGGGCAAUGGGCCGAUGGGAUCUCGCUGGCUUGCAAGGGUUCGACGGUCCGUAACAACGUCGUCACGGAUGCUACGGACGGUGGAAUCGUCAUCUUUGGCGCACCGGGCUCUUUAAUCACGGGUAACACGAUCCAGAGUGUUACUCGACGUGCUUUGGGUGGCAUCAACGCCGUCGAUUACGCACCCUUCGCCGGCAAUUACUCGGGAACGGUCGUUGAGAACAACCACCUGAUCACGAAUGGCCAGAUGAUGAAAGUUGGGGUGGCGAUUGGUGGUAUGGUCAGUUUUAUCCUUUACGCGCCUGUGCCCACGCCGAAGUAACGCAGGAACUGACUCGACCCCUAUCUUUCUCCUACUCAGAUCUGGGGUUCCGAUAAUCGAACGGCUUCGCGUGGCCACUUUGGAACGUUCCGCUACAACACCUUCACCUCCUUAAACGACGGCUACUUUGGGUACUCCAUCGCCGUCGCCGGCCAUGAAAAUGCCACCGUCAUCGGUAACAACGUCCUCCUCGGCCGCUUCGGUGGUGGGCCCUCACCGGCUUGCAUCCCUAAUCCGAUGAUUCCUACGCCGCAAGCACUGGUUAGGGAUUCAUGGACAACUCCGGGCAGCUCGCUACAGGCUGGAUUCAACGAUACGCCUCUGGUGUUUCUCAUUUGUAAGUUUUCAUUUCCUCGUUUCGACAGGCGGGCCCGGAUGCUCACACUUAAAACGUAUCCCCACGUAUCAAACAGGCUCACAACCAGGUGCGAUCCAGCCCUUGUCAGAGAGUGUGGACAACCUCGGUGCCGCUUUCGUUCGAUUGGUCGAGAACCCCGAAACGGAAGCUGCCGAAGUUGACGUGUUGGUUGAGAAGCGAGGUGGACAGAUCUGGCGAGGAACCAAGGGUUUCGCAGGCGUGGCCCAGGAAGGUCCUGCCAAGACUGUGGAAGCGACCAAGACACGACCUACGAGAAGAGCGACUUUGAAGAGGAAACGAGAAGAGGUGGAGAAGAGUCAGGAUGACGUUCCUCAGGCCAAGGUAACGCCGAUCGUACCUAGGAUUGGGUUCGAGAACCCGUUCGGCUUGUUGGAACGUGCCAAGAGGGAUCGAUAG